AUGUCCACAGGCCUCACUUUACCAUCUCAUUUGGCUGCAAAUACUCCGGAAAAUAUGGACCAAAUUAACAACCAUGGUUUGUUAAAGAAAAUUAUGCAUGGAACCGGUGCUCAGGCAUGCAAUAGGCAAGGUUUGAUACCACCUCACAUCAGUCAAAUUUAUGAUGAAUUAUUUGUCAUACAUCAGAAGCUCCAGAGAGAAAGUUCAGCACAGCAGGAGUAUGCUCUGCAGCUGCAGGAACGAGAGCGUUGUGUAACAGAACAAGAAGCAUUGUUUUUUCAACACGAAGCAGCUUUGGCUAAAAUAAGAGGUGUGGAGGAAGAAGUUCACACAAAAAUUGCAGCUAUAAAAGAGCAACAUGAGGCAGAAGUUAAGCAGCUGACAGAAGCCUUGAGAGAAAUUACUAAAGAAAAUAGGAGGCUGAAGUCAUCAUUUGACAGCUUGAGGGAUGUGAAUGACUCUUUAAGAAAGCAGUUAAGUGAUGCAACUGAGUUGAACAAGAAGUUGGAAGGUCAAGCACGAAAAGCAAAAGCUCGUUUAGAAAAUCUGCAAAGGAAGCAUGAAUUUUCAAAGGUAAAGAAAUCUAAUGAUUUGUGUCAAGUGAUGAAAGAAGGCAAACCUGUGAAACAGGAAAAAGUGAUGGCACCAUCAAGAACUGCUACGCUACCAUUGAAUUCACAAGUCUAUGAGCUCUUAACUUAUCUUAUGGAUUGGAUCUCUGACCAGCAUCUUAGCAAAAUAAAAACACAAGAAGAGAGAGAGGACAGUCAUAAACCUAGGGUUACCCAGAAUUUAAAGAACUCCUGUACUCAGGAAAAGUGUAUGAAGCUUUUGCCUAUAGCUACUGAGCAACUCCAGUGGAUGCCAUAUGUGAAUCCUAAACUGCACGUGCCUGUGAUUAAAUUUAUUUACUGGUCUAUAAGACAGUUAGACACUGAUAUACAGCACACAACAAUGAGAUCAACCAUGAGGAGACUUGGUGAAGAUAUCUUCAAAGGCAUAGUGAGUAAGGGAAACCCACACAGUUCUUCUGAACAGUCUACAGAAAGUAAAUCAAAGUCAGCAGCUUUCUUUAAGAGUUUCUGUAUGCCUCUGAGGUUUCUGUCAACUUUGAUUGUGCUUAAAACUGUAAAACAGGUGGAUUACCUGGCUCAGGCAUUUGAGUCCCUUCGUGUAGACUUGAAGACAGAUGAAGGGAAGGCCUUAUUUGUGGAAUACCAAUGUGUGCCUGUCGUAUUAAGUCACCUAAAAGUAUCCAGUACAAGUCUGCUUUCCAGGGCUCUUGAUGGAUUACUUCAGAUGACCAUGGAAUCUGGUAAAUGUUCCUUACAGCCUUUCCUGGAAGCCUGCAGUAAUGAACCCUUCUUCCAGACUUGCUCUGUAUUGCUUCGAAGUUCUAAGCUAGAUAUUGCAGUUCUGGAGAAGCUCUGUGUUAUACUGCAAAAACUCUCCAGAAUAAAAAGCAAUAAGAAGCUGUUUGAAAUGUUUGGUCUUCAUCGAAUGUUCCAAGAACUGCGUAGAACUGUAGAUCCAGGUCACACCUUCCUCUGUAUAAACCUCAAUUCAAUUCUGCUGAAUUUGGAAUUCUUGAGGAGUAACUCUCUUGACUCCAGUCUAAGCACAAGUCACUAGCACGAGCUUUCAAUCUAAUUAUUGUUCUGUAUAAAUUAUACCAGCUGCCUAUGUUACUUGAAAUUUGGAGUUGUUUUUUUACUGAUUUGUAUAAAUAUGUUAAGCAGUACCUCAGUACUGUGUAAUUCGCUGUAUAUCAUGUGGAUUCUCACUUAUAUUUCACUCAUUCAUAAAAAGGAAAAUGAAAAACUUUGUAAUAUGCUAGAUGGCUCUCUUCAAUAUUUUCUACAGAAGUGAAAUGAUGCUGCUGUUGUGAAUGACUCAUGCAAUGUCAGCAAUUGAAUACUUAGAGUAAGCAGAUCAGAAAUACCAGUCUUUCCUUACAGGUAUGAAUCUUAGUUACUUUUGACUCUUCAGCAAGUUUUAUAAUCUUUAAUUUAUUUUAUGGUUGAUAAGUAGCAGACAGGUAUCUUAGAAGAUUAUAUUUUGAUAAACCUGCAGUUUUAAUGAUUAAAACCAGAUUUUAAUUUAACAUAACUAGAUGUAUUGAAUAAGAAAUUUUGUUGGUUUGAUUUCAGAAUUUUCUUAGAGUUUGUUUGAUCUUUUCCUGUAUUUAAGUAACAUUUAGUACUUUUUCCUGCCUUGUAUAGUGCAACUUUGGAUAGUAAUAACUUUGUAAAUGUAAAUAAAAGCAUUUCUUAAAAU